UUGACGAGAGCCUCAUUCCGCCACGCUGCCUCACAUUCGCUUAUCUCUUAUUUCUGGCAGGAAAUAGGAAGAUCGUGAUGAUGUUUUUACUCUGUUUACCAAAGGUUAAUCCGCCAAUUCCUGUUUUUGAUAUUAUCUAGCACUGACUGUGUUUGCCCAAGGCACAAGUAUAAUUGUCACCAAGAAUAUUCCAGAGUUGGUUAGGUGUCGAGCCUCCUUCUCCUACAGUUCCUGAUUCGAGUCUUCAAGGAACCAAUAAAAGAAAGUAUCUACAACAAUGAGGCUGGCACUUCUCCUCGUCGCCCUCGUCACAGUGGUGUCCGGAGCUCCUCUACUGGACCAGGACAGACGCAGCCUCAUAGAUAUCGUGGAGAAGGUGGAGGAAGUUAUAGGCGAGAUCACCAACGUCCUGACGCCUAGCGGCAAGAGGACGCCAAACCAGCUGCAGCUGAUGUCCCACUUUGACUUACAUGACCACCCCAUUAAAUACAGCAGAAAGGAUCUGGCCGACAUUGUCAAAAAGAUCGAAGAAUUGUUCUUAGAAGCAGUUCAUGAGAACAAUGGCAGACACAACAGUGUGAACCAUAUUCAAAUCAUUGGUUAGACGGUUGAAGGAUGCACGUUUUGGCCUCCAGACGGUACAUAUUUAUUUUCUAAUAAAUUAAUAUGUAUCGCAGGGAUUUAUUUCAGAAAAGCGCAAACAUGCAUUAACAAGCAGAUCUUAAUCAGAGAAAAAAUGGGAUAUGACAAUAAUAUUUGCCUGUGGUAUGUACCCUAACCUUCGUCAAAUAAAAGUGCGUCAUUUACUCUUUUUGGAAAAAAGAAACUUCUGUCGUGUGUGCCUUGCACUUAGAAUUCCCAUAAGGUGGCAAAGUCAAUAGGACCUUAGUACAAAGGUGUUCGGGGCAGGAGCUCUUAGGGGGUAAAGGUGGUGAUAUAAUAAUAAUAUGCGUUAAACACGAUAUUUCCUUGGACAUUUGAAUCGACAUAAAGACAUUUAAUAUCCUUCCCUCUCUCUCUCCCUCUCUCUCUCUCU